UGUACUGAUUGUAUUGGGGUUAGUGAGCACCAGCGCCACUGGUACAGGAGCGGUCAGACCUGGUAACUACACCCACCCUUCUACGCCACGGAGAACAGGCGAGCAAGUGCGCAGGCGCAGCGCAUACGCUGCUUUCUACGAAGUUUCUGGAUAUCGGGGCGCAACGCAAAAAAUUGAUUACAUUUGACCAUUCUGAGACUCCCUUUAGCUGGAAAGAGUGAUAUUCUGCUGUGAAGAUGUCUGUGUCUUCGCUCUACCUCAAACAAGACAACAUGGUGCGCUUCAAGAGGAGAAAGGCACGUUUCUCCUUCAGUGAAGUGCACAUCCUGCUGGACGAAGUGCGAAAGAACCGCCACAUUGUUGUGGGUAAGUUUAACGCCGGCGUUCCCUCUGACGUGAAGCGCAGGAAAUGGGCUGAGAUCACGGCGCGUGUUAAUGAGAUUGGAGAGUGUGACAGAGAGAUCAUGGAGGUGAUCAAGAAAUGGUCAGACCUUAAAUGCGACACAAAACGUAAACUGGCCGCCCUGAGGACCGGUGCUUCGGUGUCCCUAAGAUUGGCACGGUCCAAUAUUGAACUGUCCCCGAUGGAAGUCAUCGUAGAAUCCAUCCUCGAACUGGACAAGAGGCCGUGGGAAGUGACACAGCAGUCCAGAUCUCGCAGUCACGGUGAUGAUCAAGAGACUGUGGGUGAGGAUGAGGAAGAGGAGGAUGGAGGAUUUAUGGGGAUGAAGUCGGUCAACAGUUCCCCGAGCGGAGGAAUGGAUGUGGGAGGGAUGCCUGCUACUACAAGUGGAUCUGGGGGUGAGAUGCAGUACGCUGGCUCCAAACCUGGAGAUCCCGAAUCCCAUUUAGACUCAGAUGAGGACAACCGUGACCUCUUCCCAUCAUCCUCUAUGGCAUCGGUCACUAACUCAUACUCUGAGGAGGAUGGAAUUGCAACUAGAGGCAGUGCUGGACACGUUUCCUCAACAGCCACCCCUUCUAUUAAAAGACCCCCACCUUUCUCAGGGAUGGAGCCAGACAGUUCACGUGGGCAGUUAGUGCACAACGCAAGCCUCAGCGUGCAGGAGCAGCACACUGCUAAUGCUCUUCUAGCCACCGUCUCCCAUUCGCUUGAGCUGCUUGCAGAGUCAGUGCAGCAGCUAGCAGAGACGCAACAGGAGUUUGCACGAGAAUCACUGCAGCUACAGAGGGACACUGUGCAAGUGUUGCGAGAUUUUGCCUCCGGCACACUAACAAUUCUGCAGGAAAAGGUCAACGGCAAACCUGCAUUGUGAAAUUUAUGUGUAGCAUUCAAAUGAUGGUGCAGUGUGUGAUGCUUGUUGAUAGGAUGGCUACAAAUGUGUGACAUAACACAGACACAUCUUCUCACUGGAACCUUGGUGACCAUCAGAGGGCACAAUGUCAGGGUGCCAAAAUACUGUGAUUUAAGUGCGAAGACAAAGACGACUGUUUUAAAGAUGCUUUUUUUAUUAUGAUUUAUUUUGUGCCUAUAGUAAUAUCAUCUUCCACAACAACAAAUAGAGAUUCACAGGACCGACACUGAUGUAUACAUUUAUGUAACAUCUGUCGACGAGUCGAAGAGCCCAAAAAUACCGCAAAAUGAAAAUUCUGUUAUCAUUUUCUCACCCCCAUAUCAUUCCAAGAGAUUUUGAGGAUAUUGGUAACCAGUUUUGGUGAAAAAAAAAGUUUAAAAAUCCUGUAAUCAUUCACAAUAAUUUCUUGAUUGUUAUGAGAAUGAGGUGUAUUUGUAGCAAUUUAAUCAUCCUAAUGCUGCUGCAAGGAGUUUGUUAUAUUUAUUCACAGACACGUUUCAUAUUACAACUCUGAGAGACAAUGCUUCUGUGAUAUUUGAUGUUAUUAGCUUUCACCGACAGGAAACAUUAUAUAUACACGAGUACAUGCAGUCACAUUAAAUGGUGUUUAAAUAAGGACAAUUAAAACUGUUCUAAAACCAGUAUAAAGUGUAAAGGUUUGAGGCAUCUGGAUCUCAUUAAAAUGGGUUUAAUAUUGUUUAUUGGGACAUUCUUUUCCAGUGGAUCUUUUUAAUAUAUUUUAUGUAUUUUAUAUAUAUAUAUAUAUAUAU